UAAAAGCUUUAAAAAGAAAAAAACCAUUAUCUUCCAUAAUACAAUACUUGUGAGGAUGAUAUCUCCCAUUAUCUUCAUCUUUUCUCUCCUCCUUUCUUCCUGCCAUGCUGCCGUGCAGGACUUCUGUGUCGCUGACUUUACAGCUCCUGAAAGCCCCGCAGGUUACUCUUGCAAGAAGCCUGCAAGUGUCACGGUGGCUGAUUUUGUUUUCUCUGGCCUAGGCAUUGCCGGAAACACCUCAAAUCUUAUUAAAGCUGCGGUCACUCCGGCGUUUGCCACGCAGAUUCCUGGUGUGAACGGGCUUGGAAUUUCUUUGGCUCGUCUGGACUUGGCGCCUGGUGGGGUUGUGCCAUUCCACACACAUCCUGGAGGUUCAGAAGUCCUACUUGUUGUGCGAGGGAGAAUCUGCGCUGGGUUUGUUUCCUCAGCUAAUACUCUUUACUUUCAAACUCUUAAGAAGGGUGACAUCAUGGUUUUCCCAGAAGGAUUACUACACUUCCAAGUGAAUUCCGGAGGUAUUCCAGCCAUAGCAUUUGCUAGCUUCAGUAGUGCAACCCCAGGUCUACAGAUUCUGGACUUCGCUUUGUUUGCAAACAAUUUACCCACUGAAUUGGUAGCAGCAACUACUUUCCUUGACAUUCCUCAGAUUAAGAAGCUUAAAGGCGUUCUUGGUGGCACUGGUUAAGGUACUCUUCGGAGAUCUACCAACAGGAAAGUCUUCAGAGAUUGUGUCCCAGUGGUUUGUUUCUUUGUUGUGAUUGAGAAGGCUCAUAAGAGUAGGAUUCUUCUUCUCAGUAGCAGUUUCUUGGUUUAUUAAUGAAAGAGUAGUCUUGUGAGUGGUCUUUGUAUUGCUUCUAGGAGUCUUGAGUGGUCUUCUGACUUUUAAAGCGCGCACCAAUACUGUGUUUCUGUUAAUGGCAAAUGCCUUUGAUAAAGCAAGGUGAAUAAAUGCACGAUCUGUGUUUUGUGUUA